AUGAGUCUUAAAGAGCUCUUUUGGAAUGAGAAGCAGAAACUGAGUAUGAUGAACUUGGUUGUGACGGCUGUAAUCGCGUUAUUUUCAAGCUUGUUUGGAACUGUUUAUCUGCUGUCGCAUUCGCCUAGGAGGACAUUCCUAGAAGAGUUAGAGUACACAACAUGUGGUUCUGACGGUGUCAUUGAGCAUGGUAAGCUGCCUUUGGUAGUAGAUGACCACAGUGCCCUUGAGGAUAUUGAACUUUCCGUGGUAGUGCCGAGCUAUAACGAAACGGGCAGAAUCCUGAUAAUGCUAAAAGAAGCAAUUGAGUAUUUGAGAAAGGAGCUCGAGGACAGAUGGGAGAUCUUGAUUGUUGACGACGGCUCGAAAGACGGAACCGCAGACUUUUGCUUAAAUUUGGCCGAAAGAGAGUUCAAAUUGCAAGCUGGCCAAUUACGUGUAGUUAAGCUCAGCAAGAACAGAGGUAAGGGUGGGGCCGUUAAACAUGGGCUUUUGCACAUUCGUGGGAGGUACGGACUUUUUGUAGAUGCAGAUGGUGCUAGUAAGUUUGCCGAUGUGAGCAAGCUUCUGGAAUCCGUCAAAAGCCAUGAAAAGAGCAAGAAACCCGCACUAGCCAUUGGAUCUCGUGCCCACAUGGUCAAUUCGGAAGCUGUUGUCAAGAGAUCUUUCAUAAGAAAUUUUUUGAUGUAUGCUUUGCACACUCUCGUUUUCAUUUUUGGCAUUAGAUCUAUCAAAGACACUCAAUGUGGGUUUAAACUCUUUAACAGAGAAGCUAUAGUUCAGAUAUACCCAUUUCUUCACACAGAGGGUUGGAUUUUUGAUGUUGAAGUGCUUAUCUUGGCGCUUAGAAAAGGCAUCAAAGUCGACGAAGUACCCAUUUCUUGGCAUGAAGUUAGUGGUUCUAAAAUGGAUCUAGCGUGGGACAGUCUCAUGAUGGCCAAGGAUUUGACUGUUAUACGAAUGGCUUAUAUGCUGGGGAUCUACAGUGAUAAAAGACCAUGCUAG